AUGCUGUCUGCAAGCUCGUCCUCAGAGAAAAUACAAACGCAUCUCUACCAAUCAUUCCUCAAGGGCUCAACGUCGGAUGUUUCACUGAAAUGUGUCGCACAGACUUGGUCCUGCGUCUACGCGCUCCAUCGCGUCAUUCUCAUUCAAGGUGGAUUUUUCAAUUCGCUUUUUAGUGGUAGCUGGAGAGAAGGAUCACGAGAUAGAGACUACCUUAACAUUAUUCAGAUUACCUUUGAGGACCCAAACAUCACCAGGGCUGCUUCGCUGAACCCUUUCCCUGCCAACUUAGCUUUCGAAGUAUGCCUGUCGCGUCUGUAUGGUGGAGGUCCCGAACUGUCUCUUUCGCCUCACUUACAACCAUCUAUUUCGCACCCAUUGACACAAUCAUACCCCAACCCACCACCCGAGCAUGUCCCCCCGGAAGGUCACCACCCAGCCACGCCCCGUUUCCUUUUAUCACUUCUGGCAACGGCUACAUAUCUAUCUAUGCCAAAUGUGGCAUCCCAAGCUCUCAACCUCAUAAUGCAGUCUAUUGGUCCAUUCACAAUAAUGCGUUAUCUAAACUUUGCCAUCGGGAAAGGGAUCGGUGAGGAGUUACCUAACGAUCGGCCCACCGCCGUAGGGUUAGACAAUGUCGGGAAACCAGUUCUUGCUAGGGAAAUGCACCAUAGAGCGUCCUCAGCUGCACGCCAAAGUUUCAAACACUCCCCUUCCAGUAGCACUGUCAGCUACAAGCAGCGAAGCUUCGGCAAGGAUAGCAUCAGCGAAUCCGUCCUGAAGGCGCAAGGCAUCAUUCCGGAUGAAGACGACGCGAUGACGAUACCAGAUAAUAUAUCUUACAUCACCAUUGGGACUCAAGAUGAUAAUGAAGGCAUCAUGACAUCGACUGCACCCCAUUACUUCUAUGGGACCAUAGGCAACCUUAUUGGGGAGGCGUGCGCGACGUGGCUUUGCAGGUGGGGAAUAGAUAUGUUUCAUUGGGAACAGGUGAUUCAUGCCGCGGAGAAAGCAGGCGAGAACGCGCCGCCUUCCUCUCCCGCAUGUUUACCAAGUGGCCAACGAUUUCCCCUCAUUACUGCACAAACUCUCGUUUCAUUGAGGGCUUUAAAUUCACCAUACGGCACUCAUCCUGUCAUCUGGGGCCCCCAAGGUUUGUCAGUACAAUGGAUCAGGGCGAUUAUAUCGAGCGAUUCAUUCUUUGUACCUAACGAGUUUGAGCGGUAUGCCUUUGCUUCCCAGGUGUAUCGCUUCCGUCGGUUGUUGACCGUAGAGGCUGGAAUGAGCGCGAGUCUUGACGACCAAUGCGAAUGGGAUCUGCUAUUUAAGACAGGUAUUUAUUACACGCACAUGACUUUCGACCAAUUACGGGAGAUCGAGAGAGAUCGCUUGGUCCGUCUCCAAGAUCUUGCUCUCGCACAUUGGAAACAAUCACUUUUCCGAAGUGUCAUUACUGCUAGGCCAAACAAUGGGGUUGCUAGCUCUCCUGGAGCGAAUGCCUCCACGGCCUCCCGAGAGCUAGGCAUUGCAAUCACUGCAAACGAGAUUCGGGCCUUACUUGAGGAAAAUGGGGAUUCGAACCAGGAGGUAUCCCAGAAGCCUUACUUCCCUGUGCUAGAAGACACCUCUUCAAGAACGGGAGAUUAUCUUUCCACUGCUGGUAGCGGACCAGCCGAUUAUAUGCCUAAUCUCAUGACAGCCUGGGAGCAAGGUGAUAUGACUCCUAAGCCUGGCAGUAAAACUCCUAGGAGGGCAGCAGAUGAAAGCACAUUCUUUGGAGUUGCCAAUGUAGUGAAGACAGCGAAGGUAAUUGCAAAAGAGGAUGUGGCUGGUACUCAAAAAUGGACGGAGUAUGAGCCAAUUCGAUUCUCGUGCGAGUGGUGGGGUGUGGAGAAUCUCAAAGAAAAGUCCAGAAUGCACAGUACCACGAUCGCUUAUGCUGGAAGUUUCUACAACGUUUACCUCCAAGUGGUCCGUCGAAAAGGUGUACAGCUCGGGCUGUACCUAAGUCGCCAGAGUAUUGUCGAUCCUAUACCUGUUGCCUCGUCCCCUCCAGGAGUCCAUGAUCGACCGCACACGUUAUCUAUGCCAAACUCGCUAUCCAGAACUCUGAUGUUACCCACACUCCAAAUAUCGACCCGAGUGAGUCACCUCACAGGGGCGGUGUCCACCUCUCCUCCAACCCCGGCAUCACCCCUAACACCGGAUAGCACUCUCAUAAAUUCACCGCUCUCUCAUGCCUCAUCCAUUCCUAAUCUUCAAUCCUCGUCGCUGGCGACUGCGUACAUGUCCGCCUUCCGCGCUUCAUCUCCGGGAAGCUCAACUACACCCCGAGCGGAAUAUAGAGAUCCCCGUCCAGUGUUGAGAGCUUACUUCAGCAUCAUGAGCCUGAGUGCGACAGGGACGAGUAUGACGACGUUCAGCUCGAGUCCGGACGAUUUCGGAGUCUCCCAGAGUUGGGGAUGGAAGAGUGGAACAUGUCUGGAGAUCCCUGUCACAGAGAACACGUCAGAAAAUGAAAGCGUGGACGUUGGGGAGCAAGGGGUUUUGGUCAUCCCAGCCAUUGCGCAGUGGAAAAGAGAACUCCAUAGUGUGCGGGCGACGGUUAUGAUCGGCGUUGUAUAG